CCCACGCAAAACCCCAGAAGCAGCGGAGGAGCAAAUAUGAAAGGGAUUCCGACGAUACUACGUCGUUUGGCAGCCUCUAGGCCUUCUUCCAUAGCUGCUCGAUUUUCUUCUUCAUCGUCGCUUACCGAAACCCUAGUGCUUUCCUCCGCCGCUGCAACGUUGUCGUACUCGACAUUUGUUCUCUCCGAUGACAAGCGCCGCCCGCUUUUCAAUUCCGUAGUUACCCCUGCUAUUUCUCCUAAUUUACCGUCUACCAUUCCUCGCAAUAAUUCUCGAAGCUUCUCGUCCGAUUCCUCCUCAGGUCCAUCAAAAAUUGUUUCCAUUGAGUCUGAAGAGCAGCUUAAUGAUUCACUUCGCAAGGCCCAAGAUGAAUCAUUACCUGCACUAUUUUACUUCACAGCAGCCUGGUGUGGACCUUGUAAGUUCAUAUCUCCUGUUAUUGGACAGCUGAGUGAGAAAUAUCCUCAUGUCACCACGUACAAAAUUGACAUUGAUAAGGACGUUCUUGCAGAAGCAUUAAUGAAAUUAGGAAUCCAUUCUGUGCCCACCAUACACUUCUUUCAGAACGGGAAAAAGGCAUCCGAGAUGGUCGGUGCUGAUGUUAAGCAGUUGAACGCGACUAUGGAAGAAUUGUACAAGUGAGUUUCUGCAUAUAUGGAAGUAAUCUUACCACGGAAUAUACAGUGGUUUUGAUUAGAUUUUGGUUUAGAAUUUAUUUUCUUCAAAUUUAAUACUAUAUGCUGUGAAACGUUAAGGGUUUUACUUUUUCGUUGAAUAUAUCCUGUAAAGUCUGUUUGAGUUUGACAUACUUUGUCGUUAAUGGAUGUUGAUAUGAAGUGAUUUUCAGGAGAUAUAUCCUUUCUUCAAA